AGGAACAAGAAUCAUAAGCUCAAUUUGGGCCAAGAUCUAAUGAAUACAGAUGAUUCAGGUUACGGGUUUUCUGUUAACGAUCCUCGAGAACCGAUGUUUCAUGACUACGCGUAUCGGAAAUAUCUCAUUGGUAACUUUGGCAGACAACCGAGCCCGGAUUUGGUGCUCGAACCAUCUUUUAACACCGAAAGCUGUAACUCUGCAGACACUCCCGAUACCUGCAAGCAAGAUUUAGCUUCGGUUCUCGCCCGAGAGCUAACCCCUCCAAAAUUUUCAACAACCCCGAGCCCGAUGGAUGUCGAUACCGAUCUACUAGACUCGGCUUCUUCCAUCACAAUGGUUACCAAAUGGGAACCUGAGUACCUAACCGAAGUGCUUGCAAAUAUCGAAACAAUGUUUGUCGACUUCACCAUAGGGAAGACUCGAAAGAUCGUGAACCCACGUGUGUUUGACCGGUUAGAGUUCGGUAGACCCAACGAAGAAUCGGCUAAGUUAAGACGCGAGCUUGUGUUCAAUUGUGUGAGUAAGUGUAUGGAGACGCGGUGCAGGGUGUGGGCUAAAGGAUUAGCAAUGGUUAGAAAACCGGAGCGGUUAGCUCAAGAAGUGUACCGAGAGAUUGCAGGGUCGAAAGAUAUGAAAGAUAGUAUCGUUGAUGAGCUCGUUGAUAAGGAUAUGAGCGGUUGUAGUUACAAAAAUAUACAACUUCUAUAUGAUUUUUUUUCAUCAUUUUAAGGUUUAAGGUUUGAGUUAUGUUUCCACCCCACAUUGUCGACUCCGCUGC